AUGUAUUUUAAGUCCAUUAUUAAAGAUACGAUAGCUAAUGUUGCGUCACCAUUAAUCGAUGGUAUUACUAAACGUUUUGAAAAACCUCAAUACCGUUGUUCGAUCGAUGGAGAUAUAUCUUCAAUAUCUAAAACAAUAUUCAUCAUCUUAUUUAUCAUACUUGUCAUCAAACCAAUGAUAGCUGGAAUCGGAUUCAAUAUGUUUUUACCAUCAUGUUGUAAAAAUAAACAGAGAAAAAAUUUGAUUGCUCAAAGUCAGUAUCGAACUACAUUACUUGUUACAAUAUUUUUAUUAUUAAAUUUUUUUUUCGCAUUUCCAUAUUAUUUUGUAUCAACGUUUAAUGGUAUUCUAACAAGGGUACAAUCAACAAAACAUGUAUUUAUAAUUGUAUUAAAAAUAUGUUUUAUUCUAAGAAUAUCAAAUAUUAUACUUGAAUGUCUCGCAUUUUUUAUAUUUGAACGAAAUUCAUGGAUAGUUUUAAGUAAAAUAUUAUUUUAUUUAACAUGUAAACAUUUUGAAGUAUUGAACGUACAUGAUGACGAAUUAUUAAUGAGUACAGAUGAAGAAAUUAAUAAAUCAAUUAGGAUCUUACUUCAAGGACAAUCAUCAUCAUCUACGCUAACACAAGAUUCAAAUGAAGAUGAUUAUGAAACAAUGAUUAUGACAAAUCAAAAACAGCCAGAUAAAAAACGUAAUGAUCAAAAUCAUGUAGUGAAAAAAAAACCUAAUAAAGAAACAUUAAAAGCGUCAACGGAAUCUGACACCAGUGAUGAAGCUGUUCCUAGACCAAAGCAAGUUAAAAAGAAGCCAAAUCAUAUUCUAAAAAAAUCCGAAAGUGAUACGAUUACUGAUGAAGAAGUACUAGAACAAAUGGCAAUAAUGAUAAAGAAAUCUAGCAAAAUGGAACAACAAACACUGCCUGAUAAUGAAACAAAUGAUAUUGAAAUGAGGCCAACAAAUAUUAAAAGUAAAAGUAAGAAAAAGGACGAAAAAGAAGAUAAUCAGGUGUUGAAGAAGCUCUCACCUAGCUCAAAAAUGACUUCCAAUCAUGUUCGAUCAAACAUCCCAAAGCCAAAAAAUAAGGCAAUCGAUGAUGAACAAAGUAGCGAUUAUGAUGAUGAUGUUUUUGAAAAAGAAAAGUUAUCUUCUGAUGAUCAAAUAAAUAUUAUUCAGCGUAAACCAAAAAAUCAUCUUUCAAAUAAUAAAGAUAUGAUUAGGAUCAACAAUGAAACGCGUAGAGCUUUUGACGAUAAAAUAACUAUUGUACCAACACUACCAACAGAUACUCUCAAAAAUAGCAAUAGAUUAAAAAUCACAUCAAAUCAUACACAACAGAACAAUAUGGAUAAAACGAAUAGGGCAAGAGCAAAAUCAUUAAAAUAUCAGACAAAAAUAACAGAAAUGUCUCAUGAUGUUUGA